CAUUUCAAGUCGACUCGGAAGCUUUCGAGUCUCCACUCGGCAAAUAGCGAGAGUUCAGUAUGAAAUUGCCAGUUGUUACGCGCAUCGCACGACGUCGGAGUCAACGAGGCCACCAGCACCACGGCGAAUUGCGCACGGAGCGGAAGGGCUGCAUUCACCGCGGGGGAUAUAUACUCUGAAAUAAUCACGGUCGCAUGGAUAUCGACUUCAUCUUUCUGUUCGAGCACGAAAGCGAUUAGUCCGCAACGAUACGACGGCGCAUGCUGAGCGUGGCAUUCUAAGUUUAAGCGACGCUUUAAUUUUAGCUGGACGCACAAUAAUGUUGCCGUGCAAAAUCAAAUAAUUACCGAGGCGCGCACCCGACGGGGGAGAGAUCGUGUGGGAGCGGCGGGCCCGCCGGCGAAAAACCUGUUCUUAAUAUUCCAUCCAGUGAUUUUGAAGACUUGUCUCUUAUCCAAAACGUGGUGCAACAAUGGGUCGGAAGAAGAUACAGAUUUCACGUAUCACGGACGAACGGAACCGUCAGGUGACCUUUAACAAGAGGAAAUUCGGCGUGAUGAAGAAGGCUUACGAAUUGUCGGUGCUGUGCGACUGCGAGAUUGCGCUGAUUAUCUUUAGUUCGAGCAACAAGCUGUACCAGUAUGCGAGCACCGACAUGGACAAGGUUCUCCUCAAGUACACCGAGUACAACGAACCCCACGAGUCCCUCACCAACAAGAAUAUCAUCGAGGCGCUUAACAAGAAGGAACAUAAGGGUGCCAUGUCUCCGGAGAGUCCGGAACCCGAUGCGAUCGAAUACAAUCUUACCCCGCGCACCGAAGCCAAAUACACGAAGAUCGACGAAGAGUUUCAGAUGAUGAUGCAGAGGCACCAGCACAACGGCAGCAGGACAAUGGGACAAUCGAAUUACACGCUACCAGUAUCCGUACCAGUCAACAGUUAUGGCGAAUCUCUUCUUGGAUCUAGUCCGCAGAUGGCACAUACCAGCAUUUCUCCGCGUCCAUCAUCGUCUGAAACGGAUUCAGUGUAUCCUCCGGGAGGAAUGCUGGAGAUGAGCAACGGUUAUCCUCAGUCAGCGUCACCGUUGGGUGGAUCGCCUAGUCCCGGACCGUCGCCCGCUCUCGGAGUCGGCGGGGGUAGUGCGAACAAGGGCAGCAAUCCAUCUAGGCAUUCGCCGCAACCUCCACCGCCACCACCGCCGCCUCAUCCUCACAGGGCUAAUCUUCGAGUGGUCAUACCGACGCCGCUCGCCCAACCUCUCUCCGAAGACACUAAUUAUGAUAAUGCCCAUACACAGUCCGCGUUGAACACACCGGUAGUUGCGUUACAAACACCAACAGUACCAGCUGGAUACUCUAGUUUCGGACCAACAGAUUACUCCUCGGAUCUCGGGAACCUUGCAUGGUCUCAUCAGAGGUACGUUGAUGACUUAUCAAUGUAUUCGGCAGCCACCAUGUCCAGCAUCAGCGGUCUUCCUCAUCUAGCUGUAUCAAGCAGUACACCACCACCGUCUACGUCGCCUUUACCUGUAAAAAUAAAGAGUGAACCGAUAAGUCCACCCAGGGAUCCACACGGCGGUAACAGUGGGUCCAACGGGGGACCCAGCAAUGCUAGCAAUUUACACCACACGAACCUGAACGUUGGUCCUUCAUCCAGCACCGGUGCUCCGCCGCCGCAUCACGUAUCCCAUCCGGGUCCUCAGACACUGAACUUAGUAUCAAGCAGACCGAGCAGCAAUCCACCUCCGUCCCACUCGGGAAGCAUAACGCCGACAAAUCUACCGUCGCCGGGAAGUGGUGCGGUCGGUGAUAUUAGAACGAACCAUUCUAGCGGUGGCGGUAACGGAGGGAACAGUUCAGACUAUGAGAACGGGCCGCUCAUGAAGCGCUCGAGGAUCACGGAGGGUUGGGCGACUUAAUGUCGAUUGAAUUGUUGCACUCAGUUGUUUCAUACCUCGACGUACAACGGCGCAUAGUGCUUGUGUGAGUUCCAGUAUGUUAAAACAAACUCAUUUUAACGUCUUUGAGACACACGUAUCUCGUACUUCGUACCACGAUGGAAAACGUUCAGCUGUGCGGCGGCCCCAUGUCUGUUCUUCGCCGCCGUGGCUAGCGGAGUAGGAGAAAAUCUGUUUAUAUUUUGAAGCUGACACAGAAUAUACAUUUAUUUGAAGAAAAAAAAAAAUACGGU